AAUGCCCACCUUCCCGGCGCCGCCAUCUUGUUGUUGAUUCGAACCGUAGGGAGCGAGUGAGGGAAAUAUUAGAGCCGGCCUGGGGGGACCCAGCAGCAGCGCCCCCCGGCCGGGCAGGGGGGAGUGUAGCUUGGAAGAAACAAACAGAUGGGGAGGGGAGAACAACUCAUGCAGGAAUUCUUAGAUGCAUCUGGCCAGUCUGCUUUUCACAUGCAUUUCUUCCUGAGCAGUGGAUUGGCUGCUGUAGCUAGUUCAUGAACAGGAUUCCAUUGCACAGAAGGAAGUAAUGGGGCUGUGAAUGUCAGCCCCUGCAGUUUUGUCAUCCUUACCAUGAGUUCACUUACUGGGAUAUCUGAGUGGUGGUUUUUGCUUCUUGAGAAACUGCUCCUUCCACCCCAUGCAGCUCUCCCCAUGCCCCAAGUGUGUAACUGGCACCGAACGCAAUGUGUGUUUGUCAAACCAUGGAGGUGGGGAAGCAUGGCAAGAACGCAUCCCACACAGGAGGCCGAGGGGUCCUGCUGGAGCCUUUCAUCCAUCAGGUGGGCGGCCACAGCAGCAUGAUGCGCUACGAUGACCACACUGUCUGCAAGCCACUCAUCACCAGAGAACAGCGCUUCUAUGAGUCCUUGCCUCCAGAAAUGAAGGAAUUCACACCGGAGUACAAAGGUGUGGUGUCUGUCUGCUUUGAGGGAGACAGUGAUGGCUACAUUAACCUAGUAGCCUACCCCUAUGUGGAGAGUGAAGCCUUGGAGCAAGAUGAUGUGCCAGAGAGGGACCAGCCACGUCGCAAACAUUCUCGCAGGAGCCUCAACAGGUCAGGCAGUGGCAGCGAACAGCACAAAGAGGAGAAAGCAGGGCUGGCUUGUGAGAGCUCAGAAAGCAUCCAGGACUUGAGGAGCCUCAAGAGCUCCAUCCAUUCAGAUGUUCCAUUUCAGAUGUUAGAUGGUAAUAGUAGUGUGAGUUCCGAAAAGAUAACCUUUAAUCCAUGGAGUCUACGUUGUCACAAGCAACAGCUGAGCCUCAUGCGCUCGGAGUCCAAGGAACGAAAGCUCUACAAAUUCCUUUUGCUGGAGAAUGUAGUACACCAUUUCAAAUUUCCCUGUGUGCUUGACUUGAAAAUGGGGACCAGACAACAUGGAGAUGAUGCAUCUGAGGAGAAGGCUGCUCGACAAAUGAAGAAGUGUGCACAGAGUACCUCAGCCACACUAGGUGUUCGAGUUUGUGGAAUGCAGGUAUAUCAGCUGGAUACAGGGCAUUAUUUGUGCAGAAAUAAAUACUAUGGCAGAGGUCUUUCAAUUGAGGGCUUUCGUAAUGCUCUCUAUCAGUAUCUGCACAAUGGUGUUGAGCUGCGAAAGGACCUCUUCGAGCCCAUCCUUGGUAAACUUCGAAGCCUAAAGGGCGUACUGGAGAGGCAGGCCUCCUACCGUUUCUACUCCAGCUCCUUGCUCAUCAUCUAUGAUGGGAAGGAAUCCCGGUCUGAGACACACCUGGAGUGCAGAGCAGAGAUGCGCUUGAAACAAGUGGACAACUCUCUUCCAGAGAGCCGACAGGAUGCCUGCAGCACAGAACCCCUUCCUGUUCAACCUAAGGUGGACGUUCGUAUGAUUGACUUUGCACACAGCACAUUCAAAGGCUUUCGAGAUGAUCCCACCGUACAUGAUGGCCCUGACAUGGGCUAUGUGUUUGGACUAGAGAGCCUUAUCAACAUCGUUGAACAGAUGCAGGAUGAGAACCAGUAGCCUUGGGCUAGACUCCUUAAUGUUGUUCUCCAAUGAAACAAACAGACAGGACCACCACCCCUACAGAGAAAGAUGACCCCACUGCUUUGAAAAUAUUCUGUUGCUCCAGUGUUUAACUUCAUCUAAGGACAUGAUAUCCUAGAUAAUCCUGCCAAAAUGGCUCUGACUAUCCUGGCCUGGACUCUUUGCAGGAGAUACCAAUCCCAUGGACCCCACCCAGCAUUGGGCAUUUAUAUUUGGGGUGUGGCACUUGUUGCAUACAGCCCUAUCAUUGUGUCUCUGUUAGGAAUGGGGAGACAGACCCCAUGGGAAAGAGGGGCAGUGUUUUAGGGGUGUUGAUUUGGGAUUUCAGUGUCCCUCUUCCUUGUCUGCCUUCCACUGGGGCACUGUGGUUUGAACCUCUUUUCUGCUGUUUGAAAAAGGGCAUUCAGAGACAAGUUAACAGUACUUAUGGGGCUGAUAGGCACACAAUUUGCACAUAUGCUUUUCUGCUGUUACUGCCCCUGUGCAGAUGUGAGAUACUCUUCUGGAGGGUACAAGAUGGUAUGCAGCAUUUAUAUUCUCCAGGUUGGGUAUUAGGUCAUUCCAACUGGAGAAAUAAAUGACCAAAGGAAAACCAGAGCAGUGCUUUAAUGGCUUGGCUUUCCAUCCUGUUAAGGCUCACCUAUCUCCCCUUGUCAUUUCCUGUAGCUGAGAUGGAAACUCUCCAAAUUCCAGAAAGGCCUGGUUGGUGUCGUCAAUGUUGUCCUGGCCUCAGCUCCAUGGGGGGAGUUCAGCUUGCUGAGGACAGUGUAAAUAGCACACUGAGAUUUGUCCCUUGCAUCUUUUCUGGCACUCAUGUUUAUCAGGCCCAGAUCCCUUUCUAGGUUGUAGACAGACAGUAGUCUGGUUCUCCAACCUCAUUCAAAUCCAAGUGUUAUGUUACAGUCCUUUGCUUUGCUCGCCAAGCAGGCUUUCUACUGAAACACAAAGUUCCAUACAUGUUCCAGCCACAGUAAUGAAGAUUUGUGGUAUCGUUGAUGGGGAAAGUAGGUGUGUCUGCAUUUUCAGGACUUGCUCCCUGUGCCCCUGUGGAGGGAAGCAUCUGCCUGGCUUUGUAUGGUGGCCUCCCAGCUGAAUGUGCUGCCAUCUGUGCUCAUUCUCACCUCAGGGAGUUGGUGUUUGCUGGCCUUGUUCCUCGUAUUAGUAACUGGCUGAAUGCAGUUGGGCCAGACAUAUGUAUAUGGGAUUCUGUUGCAUGGGAUGGGGUUGUCAGAGUCCUCUGUAGUGUUAAUCUUGGCAGCAUUAGUUCACUCUGUCAUGAUUCAUUUGCAGUUCUUGGUGGCAACGUCCACCCUGAAUACUGUUCCAUACACCUUGGAAGUUAACUGUUAUGGAUAGGGCCAGCCCUAGUUAUAGACAAAUGCACUAGACUUAUUGGAAAGCACUUUUGGGGGAAGGGAGUCACUGCCAUAGAUAACUUGAUCUCAAGCCAUUGAGACAGGACAGUUGUCUUAAGUAUCUCAUGGUAGAAUCUCUUAGGAUGGGGCAGGGUUAGUUUAUGCCCAAAAGCUCCUGCUUGCUGUACUGAAUCUGUGCCUCUCUUGGGUGGGUACGGCAUUCAUCGGUCACUCUUUAAAGUAUUGUUGACUCUUUCAUUAAGCAACAACUGGUGAGACACUUUCUAGCGCCGGUAUGUAUCUGCAGAAGCAAAGCUUGCUUGCUGUCUUCUAAAUGUUCUGAAGGGCAAAUGAGGGAGGCAUCUCUGCACUUCAAAAUCUUGCUUCUCUUUGGGAAAGCCUUUAUAAGGAGAGACAUCUUGCCCUAGGAAUAGUAUAGGGCAGUUUUUUCAGCAUUACCUUUAAUUCCCAAAGUUAAGGGAAAGGCUAGAACCCUCACAGCCUUGCUAGACUCUAUUGAGUCUUGUUUUUGAAGUCUUCAUUUUGAGUUUGAGGCAGAAGUCAUUUUUGUACUACUAUAUUUUCAGUUUAUUAGCAUCCUUCAAGAUUGCCCUUAAGGUUUGAACUGUGUAAGGAAAUGCUUCUCUCUCCAUCAGCUACUUUAGUUACAGUAAAAAGAACAGACAACCACUCUCAAAAGUUUCCUUUCUCUUCUAGUGAUUGCCUCAUUUUGAAAUCUUAAAAAUAAUCUCUGGACCAUUCAAGUUGUCUUAUAGCAAGUUCCAGAGCUUGUAAAUAGUAUUUUCCCUUCCUUUUGCCAGGUUUUGGUUUUUAUAAAGCUAGUAAUUCUGUUUGUGUUCCAAAAGGAACAACAACAACAAAAUAUUAAAGGUCAUGGUUUUAUUGUAUUGUAGCAUUGUGUUAAUUUUCAGACAGCAUAACUACAAAGCACAGUCUUGUUUAAUAGCAAUAAGCUUUCCAAGUUCAGUUAUUUAACUUCAUUAAGUAAAGGGACAUGGUUAUGACUAUUUUAGCAUAUCUGAGAGCUGUUUGCAACCAGACAGAAUACAAAUGAAUUUUUUUUUAAGAAUCCCUAUUAGAAACAUAUCGAUACACUGCCUCUUCCAGGGUGUGUGUGUGUAUAGUUGAUUGGUUUGUUUCUGGUAUGGAUGGGUGUGCGCACGCAGAUAUGCACACAGUCUGUCAGUACUGGAGUAGCUGGAAUUGAAAUGUACUGGCAACAUCUACAGCGCUUGUUAGGAAAGUACUAUGGUGUCAGGGCAGAUGAAUUCAAGUGGAUUGCAUCAUAAAAAUUAUUUCUAAGCCAUCCCUUUGGGCAUGGAGCAAAAUCAGUUUCUUCAGCUUGACAUUUGCUUUGGACUGAGAGCAACUGCAUAGUGGUAGUGCCUUCUAGAUCUCGAGAGAUGGACAGAUCAGGAAGCAGAAUAUUUGUCUUUGACAGCUGUCCUCACAAUUGAGGGCCAUGGUUAAAUGUGCAUUUGAAAUUGCAUCUUUCAAACAAAUGGAGUGCACUAGGUUUACUGCAGUGAGAUGCAAGACUCAAACCCAUACAGAAAUGUAUGGAAGUCUUAUAUCAACCAUCCAUGCAGAUACUGUUUGCCAUUCCUAGAUAGUAUCAUUCCCUUGGCGCUGAUGUGUUUGACUUCUUUGUUUGCCAGAGGAAAAGGAUGUUCAGAGUCUGCAGCAAAUGUAUCGGCAGUGUUUGAGUACAGCCCUCUGGCUUUCUGCUGCCUUGAACAAAGAAUUCAAUUUAUCCAAAGUGAAGCUAGCUUGUUCUAUGUGUUUAUACUGCAUUCUGCUCUUAUAUAAAUCCGGGAUGCACAAUUUGGCCCUCCAGCUGUUGUUGGACCACAGCUCCUAUCAUCCCCAGCCACAAUGGCCAAUAAUCAGGGAUAAUGGCAGUUGUAGUCCAACAGCAGCUGGAGGAUUGGUGUUGUAUAACCCUGGUAUAAUAAGAUAUUUGCUAAGUUAAGGUUUGUUGUUAGCCUGCAGCCAGUCUCCUUGUUAUCAAAGUCACACUUAUACAAAUCUGCCAUUCCCUCACCCCUUGGUUCUACCUCAUUAAUCUAAGGUAAAGUCCUUCAAGACAGCCAUUCCUAGGGCUAUUAGAUGUGUUGCCACAUAACUGGAAGUUGUAUUUCAGGUGUCUUGAACAUACCUAGAAUAACACUGCAAAACACAAUAGCUCAGAAUGACAUGGGGUUGGCUCUGAACCACAAGCGGAACAUAAGGCGGCUUGCCCCCAUUCUCCUGUAGCAAGUUCUGGGAUGUCGGAGCAUUCCAAGUGCAACUUUUAGCUGACUGCAAGAAGGCAGGAGUGUAAACAGCCCUAUAUUGAAAUGCUUAGAGGAUAACUGGUGAGCGUUUGAACAUACUUUGGUAAAGGGGACGCUGCUCUGGGCAGCCCUGUCCAACAAAGCCAUUUUGCAUGCAUUGUGUACAUUCAGGUCCUCUUCUAGAGGCACAUGUAAAUAAACCUUCCACUCUGUAACUGAUGGAACAGCACAGCCUGCUUGUUGCCCUUUUACAGCUUGCUGACACUUUCUGUCCCACAGUGACUCCUGUAGCAGAACUUUGCACGUACUGUGUUGCUGCCUUUAUGUAGAUGAUAAAUCAGCUUUUCAGCCUUCUGGAAUACAUAGCCAGCUUUCUCUAGCAAUACAUAGGAACUGCUAGCAUUGGUAUAUGAACACUAUAAGGGGUUCCCUUAUCUUACUACUAAGGACCAAAAGGGAGUUGCCAAAUAAGUACUCUGUUUAAGAGCACAACAGGGGAAGACUCAAUUUUGGCUGUACUGGUGGCAGCUGCCACCUUGGAAAUGUCUCUGUCUCUCUCCUCAGCUAGAGGUUACUACUGCACUGUGCUUCUUGUCAAUAACUGAUCUUACUCCUUCAGCUGGAACAGGAGCCACCUGCUCUUUACUCCCACACCUGUAGCUUGGACUUGCUGCAUGAUCAAUCAGAAAUACCAGUUCAGAUAUUUCCCUAUAAAAGACAGAGUUGCACUUGGGAUAAUGUUCAGUCCAGAUGACUCCAAAGACUUCUGUGUGACACAGGAGGGUAUUGCUGUAAAAAUGUUCAUGCUGACCAUAUCUGUUUCUGCAACUGAAGGAAGUUCAUGGAAGAAAGUAACCUGGCUUCUGCUGAAAGCUGAUGAAGAGACUGUGAAUGUUAGUUAUGUCUGUAGCCCACAUGCUAGCAGCUGCUUUCCCACAUCCUGCCCCUCCAGAGGACCAAACCCCAUAUUAGAUGAGAGCCUGUUUGCCUGCCUGGGGUUUGCUGGAUGGGUUAAGUGGUGUAGUUGUAGAAGGCCAAUAAAAAUAGUUCCUGCUGGGGGAAGCAGCUUGAGCUAGCCACUAUCUCACUGAGAGCUACACCAGCAACUUGCCGUGAGCCCUUGGAGGGCACCUGACUCCACAUUCUGCUGCUAUUCGUAUAGAACAUGGAGGUGCGAUCUCUGGGCAUAUGCUGCUCUACACCAGUGCAAGGAAUCUGCUUUAUUGCUUGCUGCGGAACAGUCUCCACAGACCUUCACCUUUUGGGUUUAAAAGAGGCAGCAAGGUUUUGUUGGUUUCAUGCACUAUUUUUUGACCUGGGGGGUGGGGGACAGAGAGAUGGGCUCUAGGCCUAUGUAUUUUGCUUGUUUUACAAAAAGUCUAGAAAGAGUAAUCCAAGUCCAGUUCUGACUUUGGUUGUAUUUGUAUUAUUACUGCAUGCUUAUCUCAGGAGCAACAUGUUUUUUAUACUUUGGACAGUCUAGGUGCAAAAUGGUCUCUAUGAGAACUGCUUGAAAGGGAAGAAAUGUUACUUGAGGGCAGGGAGCAGAACCGCACCCUACAGCAGAGAUGUUUCCAUCUGUCCCUUUUGACUUGUCUGGGAGGGAUGCAGCAUUGCAUUACAAACUACUUGUAUAUUUUUCAUAUUCAGUUUCAGUGCCACUUCGUUGAGCCAAGUCAAGCUUUUGGGCAUGAGAAAUAACAGUAUCUGUACUCCAUAUAUUGCACCCUUGGCUCUCCUGUUGUGUAUAAAGUCAUAUGUGUAUAUAAAUAAACUGCUAGACAUUUAGCUGA